AUGCCAUGUCGUUUACGUCGUAUAACUGUCUACGAAACGACCGGUCGUUUUUAUAUUGUUGGCUGUGACACGACAGGUGCUACUGAAUUUAAAGGAUCUUAUGAAAAUUAUUCGUCUCAGGAACUAAGUAUAAUGUCCUGAAGAUAGAUCGAGUGGAUGCAAAGAGUUUGUUAACCGGUGAACCUGAAACGGAUUACACGCGCGAAGAAAUUCUGGAGUUGUUAGCCACGAUUUCAGAAGGAAGUUCAGGUUUUUUGGUUCAUCUUCAAGGUCACUUCUCUUGAAAGAUCUUUUUCAGUAGUCUACAGAUCUUCAAUAUCGAAAAAAGGAACAAAGGGAGGACUGGUCGAGAGGGUCAGCAAUGCCUACGGAAUUCUCGGCGUGGUCCGAUUUCUCGAAGGCUUCUACCUGCUGGUGGGUUCCAACGUUUCAGAUGAGAAAUGAAUAGAAAACAGACUUUUUAGAAUUUUGAAAACCUAGAAAAGUUGUGAGAAAAAGGAACAAUAGAACAAUAAAAAAUUCGCAAAUAAACUCAAUUUUUCUUUUCAUUUGGGUUUUCAAUUGAACCAGCACUAAAAUUCUUCUUUGUUCACUGACUUCACACUUUUUACAAACUGUUAAAAAUUGAAAAAAGGUUCCUAGUUAGAUGCGGAGAGCAGGAAAGCAUGCUAUAUAUGCCAACUUUUUUUCUAGGAUCAUUUUUGCGGGUUAUUUUUUGAUACACACUUUCUAAGCUUAUUAAUGAGUUUAAGGUGAUAAACAAAGCGAAUCCGAUCGCCAAUCUCGGAUACCAUACCAUCUACAAAAUCGCCGAAGUCGCCAUGAUCGCCCUUUCGAUGGACGGCGUUUCGACUUCUUCGGAGGAACAACGCUACGUUCGACUGUUUCAAGUGAGAAAGACGGCUGGAAAAAUACUUAUUUUCUAAAUUUUCAGUCUGUCGAUUUAUCUACAGAUUUCUACUUCUCAUAUACCUACGACCUUAGUCGUUCUCUACAGGUAAAGUUUGAUUUUGAAAAUUUUCAUUUCAGUGUAGUCUUUUGAAAAUUAUUUUCUGCCUUUUUUGAAGGAGGUGAAGAAAGCCAUAAUGAAGUUGGGACUAUCAAUUGUUUCGGGACCUUUUCAAAUCCUAGUACGAUACUUUGAAGAGACCAUAGUCUGUAAAUGUAAAAGAGACUCUUCUUUUAAAAGAUGUAUUUGAUUGAAUUGUUGUAACACAAAUAGUUUAGGAAAACGUUGUGCGGUCGAAUUGGGAGAAGAACGGGGACAGGAAGUUCGAAGCCGACUCCAAGUUUGUAUUUUCAGCGUUCUAAUGUUAUCUGGAGGGCAGAUUUGUUUGGAACACGUAUCUGCUCGAUCCUCUGAGGAAGAAUUUGGUCAGCGAGCGUUGGUUCAUCGAAAUCGUUCACGGCUACGUCAGUGAGUUGGGAUGAAAAAUAGAAAGACGAGGAGGAAGAUAUUUCAAAAAUCACGGGCAAAGUCUAGAAAGGCCUAUAGAAAACCUUCGUAAAAAGGUUUCUCGACCUUUUUCUAAGUGAAACAAGAAGAAAGCGCAAAAAAGGAGAAUCCGAGAAACUUUUGACACAUUUUUAGGAACUCAAAAAGAGACUCUAGGCUCUUAUUUUUAAGGCCGUUUGGACUUUGUCCGUGAUGCGGACUUGUGAAGGCUUCUUGAAUGGGAGCUUAAGAAUUUUCGUGAAAAGGCACCGAAAGAUCUGUACUUUUUUCAACUUUCCUGCGUCUUUUCCUGAUCUUUUUUUGUAGCUUCAAUUCAUAUUUUGAAUAUCAAAAGCCAAGACGUCACCCCUCCCUGGUGUGCUCGCUCGCUGAUUGGCUUAUCGUGGAUCUAGAGGCGGAGCUUGAGAGAUGACUUGAUAUUUAAAAUUUGAACAUAGUCUUGGCUUAAAGACGUAUGAAUAUUGACUAUUUUGCGAUUUUUCACAAAGUCUAGCAACUAAAAUUCGAAAAGAUGGAACUUGUAUGACCAAAAUAAUUUCCUUCGAAAGAUCUUUCCUCAUUUUCCUGCAAAGAAAGUCUUAUUUCUGAACAGGGCAGGAGUUCAUUUCGUUGCCCGUGGCGCGCCUUUCCCUCAUGGUCGUCGGCCGCCGUUCGGCUCAAUUUGCCGGAACCAGGUUCCUCAAACGAGGAGCCAAUCUCCACGGUACAACUUUUUCCAGAAUUCUUUCAAAACUUUGUUUUUCUCAGGCCAAGUCGCCAACUUUGUCGAAACUGAGCAGAUCGUAUGGGAUAUGACGUCAUCGCCAAACUUUUUGCGAGGCCGGUUCUCAUCCUUUGUGCAGAUACGUGGCUCAGCGCCGUUGAGGUCUAAAUUUCACCUUUAGAGAAAAUUUUGUGAUUUUUCUUCGUAGUUUUUUUGUUUCCUUGAGUGUAAUAUUUUUAAUUUUUUUUUUCUUUCCGUCAGGCUCCGAUUUCAACACAACACGAAAAGAUAUAUUUUUCUGUAGAUCGGACCUCCGAUUUAUGAAGGAAUGACUAGAGAAACUGGUAAAUUAGGCACAACGGCUCAAAUUAACUUUGAACGAAUAAUGUUCCCAUCUCCCCCAUGACUGAAUUUUAUUAUUAUGAUGUCUUUACUGAAAAGUCAGAUCGGAGUGAGCUUUUUCAGGUUCCCAUGAGUCAUUGUACCUUUAAAAACAAAACUUUUUCUCAAUUAAAAAAACCGCUUCAGAUGGUCUCAGGAUCCGUCGACGCGCGGAGUCGUCGGAAAGCCUCUCAUUCUCAUCGACAUCCAUGAGCCUCACGCUCAGACGGCGGCUUCUCAUUUCAGGUUGAUCAUCCUCAGUAUAAGAAUAUCACGACUUCAUUGAGUUUGAGCUCCCAUCAAAAGUCAUUUACGUGUGAAGUUGGAGCUUUUCAAUUUUGAAAAUGUUACUCCUUGCAUUUCUGAUCUAGAAUGGAAAGUCUUCGAAGUAAUUUAAAUGUUCUCAUAUCAAGUUUUUCAAGUGAAAAAAAAACCGGAAGCGUAAUUUUUUUCGUAUUUAAGUCUGAUUUUUGACUUGGAGAAAAAUCGCACUUUACGGGCUGGCCUGGCCUUUUUUUGCUUCAGGCCCCGUUAAUACCGGGUCGGGUCCAAAGAAUCUCGCGAUUCCCUCUUACGCAACACGCAAAAUCCUUGAAACCCUCCCAAUUUCGUCUUUCGAUUCUGGAAUGAAUGGCUAUGAAGUUUUUGAGACGCUCAAAGAACAUUGAGUGCAUAGAAGAAAGUUAAAUUGUAGGAGUCUGCGGAACAAAUACGGUAACCCGAUCGUUGUCAUGAACUUGGUGAAACUCAAGGAGAAACGUCGUCACGAGGCGAUUCUCCAUGAUCAACUUCUCAAGGUCUUUCUUUCGAUUUGUCCUUUGAAUAAAAAACAUUGGUUUUGAGGCUGUCAAUUACUUAAAUCAGUUCGUACCAAACGAAGAAAAACUCGUUUAUUUGUCGUUUGACGUGGCUCGAUGCAACAAGGCCGCGAGCAAGUCGGAGUCGCCCAACGUCCUCACAGUCUUGGACGAGAUCGCCGCCAAGGCCGUCUUCAAGCAGGGCUGGUUUCAGGCAAGAGUUAAUUCCUUAUUCAUCGAAGCUUCUGGGUUCCAAAAAAAUUGUCUUUUUCUUCUCUUCUUUUGACUUUUUUUUUUUGUUCAUUUAGGCUGAUAAAUUCCAUAUUUUUCCCCUUUAUGUAUUUAUUAUAUUCCUGAUGUUUCAAACAAUUUUUCCUCUCAACCACGCUACAGAAGAUGAACCGCUUUCUUUCCAAAAAAAAAAAUCUCCCUCUAAAAACAUUUUCAGACUUUCCCCAUGCCCAACUCGAACCGUGUGCUGCCCCGUCCGGCCUUCGACUCGCUUUCCGUCUCCGAAAGCCCCGACGGCCGUUUUCUGCUUCAAAGAGGAAUUUGUCGAGUCAACUGCGUCGACUGCUUGGAUCGGACUAACGUUGUUCAGUUCGGCAUAGGUAUGGAUUCACAGAAAGGAAUCGACGUUUUAUCAAAAAAUCUCAAAUGUUAAUUUUCAUUGAGAAACUACGGAGCUUUGUUCAAACAUGAGUAUAUAAAAGUGUAGAAAUUUCCUUUUUGGCUGACAUCCUCCUUAAGCAAGGCCAGGAAAAGAAAAUAUUAAGAUAAUUUUCAGCAAAAGUAGCCCUAGCCGCCCAGUUGUGCGCGAUGGGACUGCUCGAAGAGCCAGUUCUUUCCCUUCAGAGCGAGGUUUCCAUCGAGAUUCUCCUCAUUUCGAACGGUUCUUCCAGGUUUGUCGCCUUCUCGAAGACCUCUUCGAUGAACACGGCGACACGAUGGCCCUGCAGUACGCCGGCAGCCAACUCGUCCAUUCCAUCAAAACCUACAAAAAAACCGCCGUUUUUCAAGUAAUUUUCGAAAAAUCUACAGGAAAAAAAUCUUCUAAAAAGGAACCAGCUAAAAUUUAUUUUUUUAAAAUAGGCCGAAAGUCUUUGCGUAUAUAUUUCUUUUUAAUUUUUCAAAAAAAUAGUGAAUGCUAAAAUCACAUCCUUCUGCCCAAUAGAGAAACCAGAGCUUGAAUCAAAAAAACAAUGAGAAAAAAAAACUAAGUUGAAAUUAAUAAUUUUUUUGAGCGUGUCCAUAGAGCGCAAGAAGUGUAUGACAUUUUCGCCUCUGCAACAAAUGCCAGAAAACUUGCUUUUUCACUGAUUUUUCUGGUUUUUAUAGUCGUUUAAUUAUUUGGUUGGGAUUUAUUUUAAUUUAAAAUUGUCUAGAGUACCUGACGUAGCACAUAAAGGCCCUGGAAGUCAGUUUUUCAAGGAAGGACACCUCAAAGUCAAGGAAGAAAAAGUUUAAUUCGUAAAAUUCAGUUGUUUCCAGACUUUGGAACCUUGGCUCUAGAAAAAUAGAGAUUUUCGAAAUUUUAUAACCUUGAUCUCACUUAACUAGGAUUGCUCUGGCUUUUUUUCUAACACAUCGAAAUUAUCUUUCGUUUCGCUGAUUUGUUUUUCGUAACUUUUUCCGGAAAGUACUAAAUCUCCUGGUAUCAAAAUUCGCUCAUUAUUCGUCAGGAACGCCGUCGAGACGUCAUCCAGACCUUGUCGCGGUACUACAGCAACACCUUCGCCGACUACGACAAACAGGCCGGUAAUACCUCAGGAAAGACCCAAGGAAUGAAAGAUUCAACUCAGCCAUCAACCUUUUCCUGGGCGUCUUCAGACCUCGGGUCAGCUGCGAGAAGCAUCUUUGGGAGCUCUUCAACGACUAUUUCCUCCACUUCCCUCCGACUCUGAAAGUCGCUUCGAUCUCGUCAGAUUGAUCUGCAACCUCGACUUGCAGAUAAAAACCGAUUAUUGUGCUUGGACCUUGAGUGAGGGGCAACUCGAAGCCAUCACUUUUUUGGAGGAGGGCUUCGAAUUCGUUGGGAUGGAUGAAGUCUCCAAAGAAGAAAGUAGGUUUUCGUCAACAGAAUUCGUUGCUUUACGGAGCAAAGUUUGAAAUCGAAAAUCUUGGAAAAAUAUUUUUCGAGCUGGUGAGAUCAUUUCGUAGCUAAUUGUUCACUACUCCAUAAGAAGAUAUAUCUUUGAUCGGGACUUUGAAGGAAAAUAUUAAUCACAGAAAAAUGAAACUUUUAAAGGCUCGAAAUGUAAUUUUUACAAACUAUUCAUUUUUGCAAAAUGAUCUGUUCGUAUUUUGGAUCUCAAGUAGCCGUUCAAGCUCCGCCCCUAAUGACGCGAUAAACCAAUCAUAACGAGCCAUCCAUAGAGCUUUUUCCAAUGACGUCAUUGUACUUGACAUUCAAAAUCUGAACAGACUAUCUCAAGCCUGAAAACCGAUCGCAAACGCGAAUAAUUCUGAAACAAAAGUUCAGAACAAGACUCCCGAGAAGCCUACAUGAGCCUUCGAUGCACCUCCCUCGAAGACUUCCGCGACUACUACCGCACCUACGAAUUCACGGCCAUGGACCCCAAAAUCCGAAAACUGCAGGCGGUGGAACAGCGCGCGAUUCAGGUCGACGGCAUCAACCAGGAAGCUUCGGCUCAAGCGCAGUUCCUCAAACUGUGGAAGACGCCGGCGAGUCUUUCCCUCCUUGUCCAAGAACUUCGAAGGUUACAGGAAACCAAGGAGAAAGAAGUGCACGGUAAGAAGACGCGAAAAGAGGAGAAGGAAUCGGACGAAGAAGACGACGAAGAGUUCUUGGGAUCAUCCACCGCCUGGACCGAUGUUCUGGGGGUAUCCUCUUCUCGUUUUUCGAUUUAUCAGCAAUUUUCUUCAAGAUUGAAAAGACGUGGAUUGCUCUUACAAAUGGACACGGGAACGUUAAUAUGACUCCAGCUAGAAGAGAAAAAUCGCCAAAGUUGACGGCGUCGUCUUUGAAGAAAGGUGAGAGCGAUAGUUAAAUAUCUCCUGACUGCAGAUAAAUCAAAAGCGAGUAUAAACUUCUAAAAAGAACAUGACAGGACCGGGAACAGCGCUAGGCGUCGGACUGCAGUUCGCCAAGGAUCUGUACAACUUGAGCAACAGCCAGACGACGCCCGGCCAGCGACAGCUGUAUGAACAGUACGUUGGAUCGGGCUUCAUCUGCGACCGCGAGGUCUACUUAUUUCCUCUUCUCAUACUUUUUCAUAGAAAUUGGGUUUUCUUACCAGUCUGCUGAAAAGCCCUCUGAUAGGCUGGGAAUUGAGACUGCUAUUUGUGAAAAUUUUUAAAAUUAGAAGUUUGAAUUUUGGAAGUUCGCCUACAAAAAAAAGCCUAUAGCUGAAGCAAAAAUUGAAUUUUGCUCAAAUUGCCAUUCUCCGGACUCGAUUCCCUUCAUUAAACAAUUUUAAGAAGCUUAUAGCACAUUCAAAACCUUCGCUCAUACCACGAAAUACAACGGAAAUAGGCAGAAAAAGCUUGCAGGAUUGGGAAAAAUUCAAGCCAACUUUGCUCAGCGAACUAAAAUGGAAUCUGAACGAACCGGAGCCUCCGCGGCGGCAGCCCUUCUUCCCCGCCGACGACAUUUUUCGCGUUAGUUUUUUUUUUUCAAUUAACUUUUUUUUGUUCUUUCAUAUAUUAGUCCUAUUUUAAAGCUCUUUACAACCCCUUCAUCGUGGAAGUAUCAAAAACGCGAAAUUCCACGUGAAAUUUGAACUUUUCAGAUCUCUUUCUGUCAUUGAUCUGUAGAAAUCUGAGAUUUCUGAAGCAAAACUUUGCGUUGGGCUCAGAUUAUCUGUUAUCCAAAACUACAGUUUUUUGAAUUGGGAGCCAUUUUGAAAAAUAAUAAAUAAUAUACUUCAAAAACUAUUUUGUCUGGUAAAAUUUGACAUUUUCGGAGCGAUGAUAGGAAAAAACUAAUAUUUUCAGUUCAGAAAUCGGGUGAGGCUUGUGCUUUUUUUAAUUUUUAGAAAAGAAAAAAAGAAAUGAAUUCUUGAAUAUCUUGCAGUUAAAAAAAUAGGAGAGGUAUGAAUUAAGUAAUAUUUUUCUAGGUUUUUUUACAAGUCGAUGUAUUUAUUUUCAAUUUGCAGAUCGAGAUGCCUGAGGUUCCUGAAUCUUCCAUUUCUUUCUACGAACGCUCUUGUUCUGGCGGCGAACACAAACUCAGUGACGCGACCUCUCGAAUAUUUUCCUUGUACCCCAAUUUGUCACAUUCAUAG